AUGCAACAUAAUAGGGUCACUAUGCUGUCUUCCUCGGAAACAUGCCACCUUGGUUCUAGUUCCAACAACCAGGCUAUCGAUCAGCAGAACCCUGCUGUUGAUGAGCAUAAUCUACUUCCUGAUACCCUAGAGAGUGAGAACUACCCACACUAUGUUCUCAAUAGUCAUGAGGUGGGAAUGCCAAGUGGAGGCAUGAUUGGUCAGCAAAAUACAAGCUUGAGUUUGUGGGAUUCACCUGGUUCUAGCUCCGCGGGCUUCCUAGCCGAUCAUGAUAGCCUUUUACAGGCCAAAAGGGAACAUUUUGCACCUGCUUUGUCUAUAGGCGGCCCUUUAAUCAUCGAAGGGAGAAGACGAGAAAGCAGUAGUUCAUUGCCUUCACACAACUUAAACAUAGACCUGAACAUUAAUCAGGCUGAUCAAUUUGAGACCGGGAAUGUUGAUAUGGUUCAGAGUAAUGGACACUCUGGAAUGAAUACUUAUCCUCCGAAUAGAGGUCUUUCGACCACUGAAAAUGUUCUUCGUCGUGAAAUUUCUCCUGGUGCUAUAAGAAGUUCCUUGCAUUCUGCAAACUUUUUUGAUGGUACAGCAGGCCAAGAAACCGGUGGAAGUUCUUCACAUACUGUGAACCAUUUUCGGUCAUCUAUCAAGAGAAAGAAUGUUGCUGGAAGUCUCGGAGAGUCUUCUGCCAAUGGGAGUUCACGCAAUCAUUGCCAAAACAAUGAUAUGCUGCUACCUUCGCUGUCCAGUCAUGAAAGUACUGCUAAUUUAAAUAUGACCUCUGUAAACUAUGGUUUUUCAUACCCUCCCAUGGAGCAAUUGGACCAGAAUACUGAUACCUCAGAUGAUGACAUUUUUUCUGACCCUUAUACACUAUCUGGUCAUCUGCAUGAAAGUCAAAGAUUCCUGAGAAAUACCCGGAUGAGAAUAAGCGCCAAUGAGUAUGAGCAAUCACUUUCUAAUCUGCUGCCUGAGGAAAGUUUCAGGUGUUCAGCUCAUCAGCCUGCGCGGCAACAGUCUUCUUUUACGCCAGUGCAACCUAGAGGAGUGAGUUCUUCAGCAAGUUCUCAAAAUCGUCCUCAUGUACCUGCUGUUGCUCAAUUCUCGCAAAGUCUGCAGCGACAUCCAUCAAAUGGUAAUUUCGGCUCAAGAGCAGGGAGUUCUGCUGAUACAAUAAAUCCGACACCUGCUUCACAAGAUCCUGGUAGCAGCCUGGCAAGAAGCAAUCUCCCUGAGCCCUUUAUGCUAGGUCCGUCGUUGUUUACUACUGAUUCAACAAACUUGCUAUCUGCACCCGGAAGCAGAAGUAACCAGCAAAAUCCCGGCUCCAGCUCUACACUUCGAGCUGCUGCAAAUGUAGGACCCCAACAGGUUCCUGGGUUGAAUUCAUCUCAGCCAAGUUCAGCCGCAAGAGGUUCAGCUGAUGUACCCAGGAGAGCCUCACUUGCUGCUAGUGUUUCUCAUUCCAGAAGUCCAAGUAUUGCAUUGCAGCACCGUGGGCAUUCAUCUUCAUCACACGAGAUUCGGAACCAUCAACCAGGAUCAAGCGCUCGUGCAAGUCUGCAACACUACUCCAGGGCAGUUCCUCCCUCUAUUGAUAGGCAAAACCCAGGUUACUUGGACCUUCAGUCUUUUAUGCAGAGCAUCGCUGCUUCAAGAGAAGGAAGCAGGACGGUCUCAGAGCUUCGUAAUGUGGUUGAACAAAUUCGUCAGGGGAGAAGUGCUGCUAGACUGGAGGAUUUUCUUGUUGAUCGUCAACUUAUCAGGAGAGCCAGUUUGGUUGAUAGGCAUCGUGAAAUGCGGCUUGAUGUGGAUAACAUGUCAUAUGAGGAACUGUUGGCACUUGGUGAACGUAUUGGGCAUGUAAGUACUGGACUCUGUGAGGAGAAAAUAAUGAGUGGCUUGAAGCAGUGGAAGUAUCUCCACAUACCAUUGGAGGAACCUGCAACAGUUAUUGAACCAUGCUGUAUUUGCCAGGAAGACUAUGCCGACGGCGAGGACAUGGGCAGGGUGGAGUGCGGGCACUACUUCCACACGGCGUGCAUCAAGCAGUGGCUGGUGAUCAAGAACACUUGCCCCAUCUGUAAAAAGGCAGCGCUGGGCACCUAA